ACAAAGCCAAGGCUUGCGUGCACGGACGCAACGGAUGAAACUAGUAGGGAGAAAACCGUCUUCAGUACAGUUGCUUUAAUAGGGUGUAGCUAAACUGGGAAUUGUUUUUUUUUGUGUGAUCGACGAGUCACGACUGUGUGUUGGACAUCUCUUGUACGAAAAUGGAAGACAGACAUUGUGGAUUCUACGGUUUGAUUUUCGUUUUCAUUUGUUUACUGCACUUCACAAAUGGCGAGCUUGACUAUUCAAUUCAGGAGGAGAUGAAGCUUGGUUCUAUCAUUGGAAAUAUAGCAAAGGAUCUUGGGAUAGACGUUGGAAGAUUGACUGCUCGCAAAGCUCGUAUUGAGACGGAACGAAAUACAGCAUACUGUGAUAUAAAUCGUCGUACAGGAGACCUGACCGUCGCGAAGAGAAUAGACAGAGAAGAGCUCUGUGGAGAAAAGGCUUUGUGUUUCCUCAAAUUUGAGCUUCUAUUUGAAUCUCCCUUAGAAUUGCAUCGCAUGUCACUGAAAAUCGACGACAUCAACGAUAACACACCACUGUUCCCGAAGGAUACAAUCAAACUGGAAAUUAGAGAAUCCGCUGACAAAGGAGCUCGCUACCGCGUCAACGCGGCCCAUGAUGCAGAUGUCGGCCAGAACGGCGUUCAAAGCUACAUGCUCCAGGAAAAUAAUCAUUUUAUUUUAAAUACUCAAACCACAAGUGCUGGAAUCAAAUAUGCUGAAUUGGUUUUAAAUCAAGAAUUAGACAGAGAGGAACAAAAGGGAAUUAAAUUAUUGUUAACGGCUCUUGACGGUGGUACUCCUCAGAGAUCCGGUACUCUAACUAUAGACGUCACUGUGUUGGACGCUAAUGAUAACGCCCCUGUGUUUAGUCAGGCCGUGUAUGAAGCCAGCCUGCCGGAAAACUCUCCGUUGAAAACUCACGUAAUCACUGUCGGCGCUACUGACGCAGACGAGGGCGUUAAUGGAGAGGUUACAUAUGAAUUUAACAAAAUGUCAGAUAAGUCACGAAUGCUUUUUUCACUUGAUCAGAAAACAGGUGACGUUACUGUUAUAAGUGACAUUGACUUUGAAGAAGGAUCGAAAUAUGAAAUAUAUAUAGAGGCCAAAGAUGGUUAUGGUCUCUCUACAGAUACAAAAGUUAUUAUAUUUAUUACAGACGCCAAUGACAAUGCUCCAAUCAUAUCGUUAAAAUCGUUGACCAAUCCAGUGCCUGAGAAUGUAUCACCUGGUACAGAAGUAGGAAUAAUUAACGUGCAGGAUAUGGAUUCAGAACAGAACCGACAGAUCCGUUGCUUUAUUCAACAAAACGUGCCAUUUAAUCUAAUUCCUUCUAUCAAAAACUAUUAUUCUCUGGUGACCACCGAUAAACUAGAUCGCGAAUUAAUGCUUCAUUAUAACAUUACAAUUACUGCUAUCGACGAGGGCUCUCCACCUCUGUCCUCAUUAAAAACUGUUCAAGUCUCUAUCGCUGAUGUCAACGACAACCCACCUGUGUUUGAGGAACAGUCGUAUAGCAGCUAUGUCCCUGAGAACAACAAACCGGGCCACAGCCUGUGUUCUGUUAAGGCCCUUGACCCAGACUGGAGACAAAACGGUACAGUGAUCUAUUCUCUUUUACCUGGUGAAGUCAACGGUGCUCCAGUCUCCUCUUAUCUAUCUGUUAAUGGAGACACCGGAGUGAUCCAAAGUGUCAGGUCAUUUGAUUAUGAACAGUUUCGGAGCUUUAAAGUCUAUGUAAUGGCACGAGACAAUGGAUCUCCUCCGCUCAGCAGCAACGUGACUGUGAGUGUCUUCAUAACGGAUGUAAAUGACAACACUCCUCAGAUACUUUAUCCCGCCCCGGAGGGAAACUCCUUCAUGACUGAACUGGUACCCAAAGCUGCACAAGGAGGUUCUCUGGUUUCCAAGGUGAUAGCAGUUGAUGGGGACUCUGGACAGAACGCCUGGCUGUCCUAUCAGAUCAUUAAGUCCACUGAUCCAGGACUUUUCAAAAUCGAUCUGCACAGUGGGGAGAUCAGGACCCAGAGAGACAUUUCUGAUUCUGACAACAUGAAACAGAACAUUGUAGUCUCUGUAAAGGAUAACGGACAGCCCUCCCUCUCUGCUACAUGUUCCAUGUUUUUACUGAUUUCUGAUAACUUGGCUGAAGUACCAGAACUGAAGGACAUGGCUUAUGAAGACAGCAGUUCUAAAUUAACAUCUUAUCUGAUCAUCGCGCUGGUAUCCGUCUCCACCUUUUUCCUGACCUUCAUUAUUAUCAUUCUGGGAUUGAGGUUUUGUCGGAGGAGAAAGCCCAGACUGUUAUUUGAUGGAGCGGUUGCUAUUCCCAGCUCUUAUCUCCCUCCAAACUACGCAGAUGUGGACGGCACUGGAACUUUACGCAGCACAUGUAAUUAUGAUGCGUAUUUAACCACUGGAUCUAGAACAAGUGACUUUAAAUUUCUCACGUCUUACAAUGACAACACACUGCCUGCAGACCAGACCCUGAGAAAAAAUGCAACAGACUUUGAAGAAGUGUUUGGAGACCUUGAUGUUUCACCAGAGGUAAGACAGUUUCACUGUACCAACUUUUAAAGCCUUACCUGUGUUUAGACCACACGCUCUCACCAGCACCACCUGAUGACUUAUUUGAUUUGUUUUCUCAAAUGGAAUCGAUUUUUUUUCUAGUACAAUAGCUGUAUCUCUGCUUUUUUCCUGCUCUGUCUUUUUUGUAAUACCUUGUUUCCUGGAAAUUAUACGAUUUGUGAUGUUUUUAUUUUUAUUUUUAUAUGAGGGAAAUCAAUGUUCAUGUUUUAUUGAUGACCAGAAGUCCACAUGGUUAAUGCAUGAUUGCAUUAAAGGUGUUGUAAUAGGUGCCAAAAUGAUUCAUGAAUCUGGAAGCUCCAUUGCUUAUAUUGACAUGGACUGUCUGUCUCCGCUGGAGCAGGUCACUGCAUAAUCAUAAACCUGCCUGUAGAUGAGCUGCAACCAACUGAAUAAUGCAGUCAUGAUGUGGAGAAUGUCAUGCUUUGCAGCAACAUCCAUUUAAAUGAUGUACCAGCUUUGUGUGUGUGUAUGUGUGUGUGUGUGUGUGUUUGUGUGCACGUGUGUGCGCAUGUUAAACGCACAACUGUGACCUACUUAAUCAGCCUUUGUAAUGGUGCUGUUUUGAUGUGGUAGUGGACCCUACUGAGGAUCUGAAUGUCCUUCACCUGGAUUAUGAAUAAAUAUGAGAGAUUA